GUCCCUCUACUUCUCACAAAUUAAAUGAAUAUUAUGAUUCGACCAUCUCCGAUUUACACGUCAAAAUCAAAUCAGACGCUUCGUUCUUCUUAUUCUUGUUCUUCACCAUCUUCGGUUCAUUCAGAUACGCAGCUGCAAACUCAUCUACAUUCUGCUCUAAUUUCAACUUACAGCUUCCGAAUCCAGCUUCUAUAGAUGGCAAACCAAGGUGCAAAGAAGCGUAAGGAAGAGAACGCUCGUCAUAUGGCGAAUCUUCGUCGCCUUAUCAUUGCCUGCAACGUUAUUUAUAUAUUGGUUCGGAUGCUGAUUUUUCAUUCAAGUUUCACCUGGAAACACUGGAUUGGUCUGAUUUUCACAUCUGCAGCUUAUUUUAUUCCUUACAACCAACUUGAAAAAAUGGCACAGCCAAUCUAUGGGGAUGAUGGUGAACUUCUAGAUGGUGGAUUUGAUAUGAGUACUGGUGGAAUUUGUGGCUACAUGCAUGAUGUGAUCUACAUUACAAGCUUUGUGCAAAUAAUGUCAAUCCUCUCCGGGAAGUUUUGGUACACCUACCUUGUGAUUCCAGGAUUCGGAGUAUAUAAAUCUUCCGGUUUUAUUCGAGGUUUGUUGUCGCAAGGUUCUGAGGAUGAACCCGAGGACGAGAAGACUCGCAAGAAGAGGGAAAAGAUGGAGAAGAAAGCCUCAAGAGUGAAAUUUAUGAAGACGAAGAACAGAUAAAAAAGACUAAUCAACUUAUGUUAUCAAAUGCAAAAUUGAGGAAAAGGAAUGAAGACACAGUCGAGUUAUAGGUACCGUUUGAAGUUAAUUUAAGUAUGUGUAUUUGAUCUGACUAAUUAUAAACAGGUAUGAGAGGCUGAAACAGUUCAUUGUAAAAACUCUUUAUUCAGUCAACUGAGGAUUUUAGAAGGUUCAAUCCAGAUUCCUCUUUCAAAAUGACAUCAACAGGUACACAACUUUUGCAGCUUUGGGUUUCAUUUAGUAGAGAGAGAUACCAAAGCAAUAGAGUUUAAAAUCUCUUUUAAAUUUGUUUCUACACUUGUGGAUAGAAUUUGAGCUCAACAAUUUUGCGUUA